CAGCCAAGCUGGGAAGAAGAGAUUGUCCCUGAGCUUCGAAGUGUGUCUUGGCACGGCAGACUGAUAGUGAGCAAGUAAACAGAGCUGACUGCUGUGGCAACCACAGAGGCAGAGCCGGCACAGUGACAGGGAUGACAACACUUCCAGAGACCUCUGACCAGGAGCUGAAAACAGGUGCAAAGAGCAAACGAUGUCUUCAGGGGAAAAGCCUACUUCUGUGUACAUUUCUUCUCAGUACUCUCCUUGGCUUUACACUACUUAUCACAUACAUCAUGAUGACUUGUGGUCUAGGAUCCUGUGAUGCUGAGCAAAGACUGACACUGUUGUCCAGACUCCUGAAUUCUAGGAAUGACACUGUAGACCCCUGUGAGGAUUUCUACAAAUACGCCUGUGGAAGCUGGAAAAGCAAACAGUCAAGCAGAACCACAGAAGAAUCACUAAAUGUAUUCGAUGUGUUGUUGGAAGAAAACCAGCUGAUCCUGAAAAGGCUUUUAGAGGGCCGACAGUCUGGGUUAAGAGGCUCAGCUAAGGAGAAGGCAGUCCAGUUCUAUCGCUCCUGCAUGGAUACCCAACGGAUAGAAUCCCAAGGAACUCAACCAUUGAAGGACCUCCUAAAUCAGGUUGGUGGAUGGAGUAUCACAGGUAUGGGGAAAGCAAAAAGUUUUAAUGAAACUCUUCAGACUCUCAUGGGCAGAUAUGGCACCUUCCCCUUUUUCAGAGUCCAUGUAGGACCUAGUCCUUUUGACCACUAUACCAAUAUUAUUCAGAUUGACCAUCCUGAGUUUGAGAUUCCACCUGAGAGUAAAUUCAAAGAGAAAAAUUAUCCUAAGGUUCUUCGUGUGUAUCUCUCAUAUCUGGAGAAACUGGGGGGCCUACUUGGAAGGCCACAGGAUGAUUUCACUGAUUGCUUUUCCCUUACCUUGUCCUUCAUCUCUAACCUCCAGCGAGUUGUGACUCCACUGCAGGAAAGACAGCAGAGGGGGAUGCUGUUCUUCCGCACUACCAUUGGAGAGCUACAGGAAAAGGCACCUGCUAUUGACUGGCUGUCAUGUCUCCAGGCUGUCUUCCAUUCUAUGCCAAUGAACAUCUCUCAACCAAUAGCAGUGCAUGACAUGGAUUACUUACAAAACAUGUCACAGCUCAUCCAGCAAUGGUCCAAUGAAAGGGUCCUUCACAUUUAUAUGAUUGUUUGUCUGGUUGGGAAUCUGUCUCCAGCCCUGGACAGUCGAUUCCAAGAUGCACGCCUGGAGCUAUCUGAGAUUCUUUAUGGAAAAAUGGGAUCUAGGAUGAUCCCAGCUGAGCGCUGGAGGAAGUGCUUGACUGACACAAGCUCUUUCUUUGAGCCAGUUCUAGGGGAGAUGAUUGUGCAGGAAAUCUUCCCUCAGCAGACCAAGAAACGUGCUGAGCAGAUGUUCUCUGAGAUCCGAGAUGCCCUUUAUGGCCAACUGAAUCACGUGGAGUGGAUGGAUGAACAGACCCGCCAAGAGGCUAAAGCACUGAUUUCUGAAUUACAAGUGGAGAUUGGCUAUCCAGCUCACAUACUCCAGACUGCCAAAGUGAACCUGGAAUACCAGAAUUUGGAGAUAAAUGAAGACACGUUUUUGCUCAAUGUGGUGGCUUGCUUGAAUGUACUGAGGGAAAAUUCCUACCUAAAACUCCUUCAGCAACAUUCACAGGAUAACUGGCAUGUGUCUCCCUGGGCUGUGCAUUCAUACUACUCAAUAAGGCAGCACACCGUGGUCUUCCCGGCUGGAAUGUUCCGCAGCCCUUUUUUCCACAUGGAGUUUCCCAGUGCUGUGAACUUUGGAGCCAUUGGUGUCUUCAUGGCACAUGAACUUCUUCAUAUGUUCUAUGGUUAUGUGCUGCCUGGGGGCUGUCCUACAUGUGACAGAAGUGCACUACAGAAAUCUACAGACUGCUUGAUUGAACAGUAUGAAAGCUAUAGCUAUAAGGUGAAUGGCACUUUUACACUGUUGGAGAAUACAGCUGACACUGGAGGGCUCACCAUCGCUUACCAGGCCUAUAAGAAUUGGCUGAAAAAGAACAAAGAAGAGGAUUUACCUAAGAUUGGACUCUCACAUGACCAGCUUUUCUACCUCAGUUUUGCUCAUGCAAUGUGUGGAUACCAGGAUCCUGAGAAACUACAAUCUUCCCUAAACACUGAUCCACACAGUCCCUUGCCACUUCGUGUCUGUGGGCCUGUUAGCAAUAGCCAGGACUUUGCAAAGCACUUCCACUGUUCCAGUGGAUCUCCAAUGAAUCCAGACAAGAAGUGCCACAUCUGGUGAUUUACACUGAAAAGGAGGAAGAGAGAUACAAUACAAGAGAGAGGAAGGUCUGAACCAUGAAAGUAUGACCAGCUUCUUAGGGCCUUUAGGGUGCUCUUAUUCACUCCUCUACCUUUCUCUUCUUGUUAUCCUUUCAUCAGCAGUUGAUGGUAGCAAAAUUCUUAAACUGAGCUCACAGGGGGAGAGGGUCUCCUCCUAUUGCUUCCAGCACUUUUUCCCAGAUGUGACAACCAUGUCCCAAGGUAGAAAGUCUCUGCUGGGCAAGAACUUCUGAGGAGUUGUAAACAGAAGGAUUGUUAAAUUUUUAGUACCUCUGUUCAGUGCAUUUCCUGUCUGCUUUAACAGACUCACAGUCACGUUGAAUAGACAGGGCAAUAAGCUGGAGCUCUAAUACUUGUCCAUAUAAGACUGGCUCUUAGGCAGAUCCUAUAAGUUACUAUGCAUAUUGCACAUGCCAUUUACCAGAGAGCAAAGAAUUCUCUUCUGCCAAGAAAUGGAGGAAGGUAUAGGAAAGACAGUGGCUCCAGCUUCUCGGCUGAAAGGUGAGUCACUUAAUACUGAAGGUUAUUGAAGGCCUUUUCUGCUCUGUUCCAUCAGCAAAACUCUUAAGUGACAAAAGAGGAAGGAGAGAAGCAUUCCCAUUGGUGGGAGGGGUAUUGGGAGCUGGGAAUAUAUAAUCUUUCCUUUUCUUUUCAAGAAAAAAGAUCUUAAUUUUUCAGUCUCCAUUUAGGGUUGAUGAUAUGGUUGAGGGUGGAGUGUGGGACAGUCACAAGGGUUUAUUGAAGUCUCUGAAGACUGAACAAUUAAAAUCCCAUGAACUUCUCUGACCUGAACCUGUUUUUUUCUCCCUCAUAAAAAGUUCUAAUCUGUAUGUACCAUCCAAACAGAAGACUACAGCUGCUGUAGGAUUUUACUUUCUACUUGAAAUUGAAUUUUAUGUAUUUAUUUACUUCAGAGGAAGAAGAUUAUAUUUUAGGAUAGCAGUAAAAGCGCUUAAUGCACAUUCUCAAGAGCAACCUAAUAACUACAUCCAUUUCAGAUUCUGAUAAUUAGAAAAUUUAUACCAAUGUUCUAAAACUUACCAAAGUUAAUAUGUAUACAAAAUAUUCCUACCUUUUGCAUAAUCUUAAAAGUGUUCUUGAUUAUGGGAGUAUUUUCACUUUACUUAUAUUGGCUGCUUAGGGAUUUUCUGUGGAAUAGAUGAUAGCAAGGAGAAACAACCCUUAUUACAAGAGCAUUCUAAACAUUGUGAAAAUCUUAACAAACUGUUAAUCCUUUCCAAGUAUUGACCAAUGCAGCAAACUAUUUUCCAAGAAAGAAUGAUCAGAUAUUUUGUUUUCAUUAAUUACAAUAUUAAUAAAGUGUUUGCCUCAGAGAAAAAAAAAAUGCUAUCUCCCUCCACUUCUUUAAUCAAUUUUGUUGUAGCAGCAUGGCCCGACUGUCUUCCUUUGAGAUGCUAACAGCAAUUAAAAUUAUAUCAG